AUGGCGGUUGUCCUCUCCUCGGAGGAGAACAGUUAUUUCUCUUCAAGUUUGCGACGCUCAUAUUCCCAGCCGAACUUUGUCACUCAACAUACGGGAUACCCCUCCGCGUCACCUUCCAAACAAAGCGAAUUCUACCAUCAGUCAGCGAAGCCCUUUGAGGACUCGACCCCUUCUUCUGCCCCGUCAUCCCCUCGCACGCUUCACGUCGAGUCCGCCGACCUUUCCUGCUCUUCCACGCCCGCAAGCAACUUCUCCUUGCCGCCGUCUGACUGCGACGAAUCGGUGAUUUUCGGGACUGAACAAGACGACGACGACGACGAGCAGAUAAUAUUGCCGCAGUACGACGACGUGGGGUUCACCAGUCACCACCUCGACGACUUGGAUCCUCCUCCCAGUCCAAGGACCAGUGACUCAUACGUUUCAUCCCCAAACGACCAGGAGACGUCGACGAGCACAUCCAGGCCCGAGUCUCCAGGACCGCUCGAGAGAGCCGAAGAUGAUAUAGCGGUCCGGGCCCUGCCGUCACGGCAUGUUGACUACCUGUCACACAAUUGGAAGGAAGAGGAUAUCUGGUCGUCAUGGAAGCUCAUCGUCUCGAGGAGAGGGGACUACAGCAACUCUGCCCGCCUUGAGAAUGCCUCCUGGAGGACGUGGAUGAAAUCAAAGAACAAGCUGAGGACCGUGUCCCCAGAAACUCUCAACUGGCUCAAAGAUUGCGAUGUCACCUGGCUUUACGGGCCUCUACAACCCGGGAGUGCGAGCCUUAAGUCUAACCGUGGCGACUCAAAAGGUUCUAGGCUGUACGAGUCAAGUUCCCUCAUCAAGAAGCCGAUAUUAAAAAAGAGGAGCAUGUCGGAGCUCAUGCUUCAAAGAUCGCUGUCCACAUCAUCCUUGGUGAAGCAAGCCGCUGCUGCCGUGCAAGCUCAGCAGAAAGAGGGAGGAAAGAGAGCUGGAGGGCGGCCGGGCCUCGAGCGUGCCGUCACUGAUUCCGUCACGUACCCCUUCGCCCCUCUAGGAACUAGUCAGGACAACGACUUCCUCGUGCCGUCCUUUGCAUCGUCCGGCUUUGUUUCACCGAGUGGCGAGCGGAGGCAUAUCCACUUUAACGAGCAGGUUGCGCAGUGCAUAGCCGUCGACAUCAAGGGCGACGAUGACGAUGACGACGUGGAUAUGGACCGCUUUGCCUAUGGUAGCGAUUCGGAUGAUGGCGCAAUCAUGAUGAAGAAGACUAUACCUAAGAAGAGACGGCCGAUUUUGAAGAGGGCGAAGAGCAGUAACAACAACGGAGAGAGCAAGACGAUCGCAAUGCUGCCCUCGACCACGUUGAAAUACCGCGUGGACACGCCGGAGCCCAUGGAGACGGCCAUGAAGCAUAGCACCGGAGUGUACAGGAGCCCGGCCAUAUCUCCAUCGUCGUCGCAGGAGACCCUACGACCAUCGAAGCCUUCUGGCAGGUUAUUCAUUACCGAUGACGACGAUGACGACGAGGAAACACAAGACGAUGGGCCCACGUUAGGCUGGCGGUCCCCGACCAAAUUCGGCGAAACCUCCACAGGCCUCUCCCGAUCGGUCUCAUCAAGCAGUCUCAGUGCAGAGCCUUCGGGAAUGCGCCGUACCGCAUCCGGCAUGCUUAUGCCGUACGAAGAAGGCGAGCCAGCCUCGGCCCACGAUGGCAUAUUCGGCCGGGUCAUUGAUACGGUAAAUACGGCCCGGGAUAUCGCCCACGUUAUCUGGAACGUGGGCUGGAGGAGAUGA